GUACUAGCCAGUACACAUUCAGUUUAUAAUAUUUUGGAGGAAAGUUGCUACAAUCUGACAUGCCCAGUCUCAGCUAUAAGUCACACGGUGAAUACAAGACUGUACCAAACUACUAACUGGUUGAAUUCAGAGUCCCUGGCCAACAAAACAGAGUCAGAUUUUGGGGCUAUCUACAACAUUGAAUUCUCUCCAGUAGACAACCUGGCAUUAACUGUGUGCUCUAAUAGAGCUAUUCUCUGCUACGAUUCAAGGCUGAGCUCAUCCAAACCAAUCCAUGCACUUCAAAAUGCUCACGAUGAUGCUGUAAACUGUUUAACAUUUAUUGAUCCUCUUACAUUUGCAACUUGUUCGGACGACAAAACAAUUAGAAUUUGGGACUUACGACAGCUCAAGUACAGUAUAGCAGUGCUACAAGGCCACAAAAACUGGGUCAAGAACAUCGAAUAUGACAAGAACUCAGGACGUCUGUUUAGUGUUGGUUUGUACGAUGGAGUGAGGGAGUGGAAGAUGGACAAAAUGUGCGAUUAUACGAGUGAACAGUACGAUAAUCUCGUCUUCGAAAUGAAUUUACCUGUUCAAAUGAGGCUCUCCCCCAACAGCAAUAAGAUGUUUAUCGGUGAGCAUGACAAUACAUGUACGGUCAUAGACCAUUUCAAUGGAAACUAUCUCAACGACAUUGCUCCUGUCAUUAAAGAUCUCCGUGAUAAUUUUUUUACACUAACAUUGACAGGAGAUAUAAUCGACCAUCAAUUUACACAACUACUGGCUAUUGACGAGCAAGCUACGCCUCCUGAUUUAUUUUUUGAUGAUCAAUAUCACAGCUCAUACAAGGAACAGAGCACCCUUGAUUUCUACACUAUGCAGACUCUGACUGGGCACAAUAAUGAAGUACAGGCUUGUAAGUUUGCUAACAAUGAUUUAUUGCUAGCUAUAGGUUGCCUUGAUGGACACAUUCUUUUUCAUAAAUCUCAUUUCUGAAUUAUAGCU